AUGCUGCGGAGCACAUGUUCAGCAGUCCUGCUUUCUGCACAUUUAUCUUUGAGCUUUAAUUGUUUGUGGUGAGGUAAAGGCUUUGGAAACCAAUCAACUGUGUGUGUAGCAAUGAGGAUCACACAAUCUGUCUGACCAAUUAAAUUGUAGGUUUUCAUUUAUUAGAAGAUAUGUGCAAAAACAUUUAAGAUGAACACGUUUAUAUUAUAGCAUUUUGGUUCCAAAAAUUCAUGGAAAGUUUUAAUAUUUCUUUGGAAAGUCUUGUUUGGACUUUGGCAGUUUUAUUUUUCUUUGCCAGUCCAGAAUUUGUAUCUCACACAUAUUUUUUUAUUUUGAAGAAUGAAUGCAAGUAAAAUAUAAAUGAAACUUGGCACACUUAAACUUGGUUUCUUCCCCAUAGUGCAAAAAAAUUAUUUUGGAUAUCAAAGGCUUUUGUUGUAUUUGCCCAUUUUUAAAUCCAUAUGCUGUCUCGGUCUGGGACAAGAACUGGGCAGAAAAAGCGGGAUUCAUUGUUGGGUCUAAAAGUUUGGAAAAAGCAGCCAAAGUCCAGAGACUUUGAAAACCUUUCACAAAGAACUAUUAACAAUAUCACUGAAAAAUGCUACCAUUUAUAAAUAAUACACGGCAUUACUUAAAAUGCAUCAGUUUAAUAGUUCGGAUAUUAUUUAUAAUUUCCACCUGACAGAAUAGGUCCAACUGUCCACAGUGUCUGGUUUCUCCAGCUGGUCUUUUUGGACGGAUCCAUUCCGGUAAGAAACGUGGGGGUGUUACCUUAAACCUAAAAAGACUUAAACAUAAGUAAGCCACGUCUCAGCUUUUUAAAGUUUAAGACUUUUUAAACUUGUGUUUUUAAACACAUUCGACUUGCUGAGGGAGAGUUCACGAUAUCCGGUUGGAUUCGUCUACCCUCUGCUGAAAUGGAACAUCCCGAAAAGCGUUCCAGGCUUUGGCGUGAACAAACCGCGGCGCCGCGGGGGGUAAGUUCACUUCUCCCCGCUGUGGUGACCGUGGGAAGACCGGGAGCUCAGCGGACACGGUACAAUACCGUUACUCAUGACUUUGGAAGCUCGUCUCACCGCAGCUGAGGAGAACAGUUUUGAUAAAACACUAAAAGGCGCCUCAAGUUGCUGCUGCUUUAUUAUUCUUUUGUCGGGAAUGCUUCAGUCUGCUGAUAAAGAGCAGAAAGGGACAGUCUUUUCUGUCAGUCCACAUCAGAAGACAUGUCUUAUUGGACCCUGUCCGGCUGGAGGGUCCUGCUCCUGUUCACUCUGCUGUGGGACUGCUCCUGUGCCUCGGGUGUGAAUCCCACGAGAUGGCCUCUGUUCUCCCAAAAACCUCUGCUCCUGGCCUGGAAUGUCCCGACUCAGGAAUGUGGCCCAUGGCAUGGCGUAUCUUUUCAGCUGGACCAGUUCCAGAUUGUGGCCACUCCGAAUGAGGCUUUUGUCAAGCAGAAUUUGACCAUGUUCUACAAAGACCGCCUGGGUCUUUAUCCGUACUUUGAGCCAGAUGAAACCCCGGUCCACGGGGGGCUGCCUCAGAUCGCCAGCCUCACAAAGCAUCUUAAUCAAAUGCAGCAAAGCAUUGAGAAGUACAUACCCAACGCAGAGGCGGCUGGUUUAGCUGUAAUCGACUGGGAGGAGUGGCGUCCCCUCUGGAUACGUAACUGGGGACCCAAGUCUGUCUAUCGCAGACAUUCUGCUGAGUUGAUGCGUCAGAAGAAUCCAACCUGGACAGACGAACAAGUGUCCAAAAUGGCUCAGCAGGAGUUUGAGUUGUCUGCCAAGAAGUUCAUGCUUGACACGAUCAGACACGCCAAACACCUCAGGCCCAACCAGCUCUGGGGCUUUUACCUGUUCCCCGACUGCUACAACCACGACUACCAGCGCUCCCUGGUGAGCUACACGGGCCGGUGUCCUGAUGCCGAGGUGGCCCGGAACGAGCAGCUGAAGUGGUUGUGGACAGAAAGCACAGCCCUCUUUCCCUCCAUCUAUCUGGGAACCGUGUUGCGUUCCUCAGCUUCUGGAAAGCGGUUUGUGCGGAACCGCGUGAAGGAAGGGAUGCGCCUCGCCUCAUCAGGCGGAGGGUUGGCACGUCCUGUCUUUGUCUACACCCGACCCACCUACACCGACUCUCUGGAGCAGCUCACAGAGACGGACCUCGUGUCCACCAUCGGAGAGAGCGUUGCUCUGGGAGCAGCUGGGAUCAUCCUGUGGGGAGACGCGACAUACAACAAAACCACCUGCUCCGACCUGAAUGUUUAUCUUCGGAGCACACUGAGUCAGUACCUCCUCAACGUCUCCACGGCAGCAGAGCUAUGCAGCCAGACCUUGUGUGGCUCUCACGGCCGCUGUUUGCGCAGAAAUCCAGACAGUGAAGUUUACUUACACCUCAACUCCAUCACCCACGACUUUAAGAGGCAAGGCGACAAGCUGACGGUUGUCGGAGAGCUUGGAGAAGAAGACCGAGUGCGUUUUCAGACGGACUUUCAGUGCCAGUGCUACAGCGGCUUUCUGGGUGAACUCUGUGACGAGAAGGACCCUCUGCACCAAAGAGGGGCGGCUGCUCGGUCCGACGCCUCACAGCUGUGGUGUGCUGUCUUACUCACUGUCUUUGUGCUAAACUAUUAAAAACACCACAUAACAGCAAAAAUGUCAAAACACAAGAUGAGGAAAAUUUGUAAUUUAUGGAAAGGGAGUUAUUUUUUUCUAAUUUCUAAAAUUGAAAAAGGAAAGGGUGAAAGUUUAUUAUAAAACUGGAAAGUGAUAUUUGUUUAUACUUGUUUUUAAACAACAGAGAGCUCGCUGGAAAUGACACUGUUUACAUUUGGCUCUCAGUUUACCCCUCGGUCUUUUUUCCAAAGCGUCAGAUUCCACAUUUUCCCUCAGAGACGAUGCACUUAAAUCAACUUAGAGCACAUUAUAUCUGAAGUGCCUGAUUUGUGUUUUUCUUGUCUGGUGGUUUUUAUGGAAAAAAACUGCAGUAUUACUAUUUAUUUGAAUGUAAGUUUAUAUGUUCUUACGUGUUUUAAAUCUUGACUACUACAACAGCCUCAUGUUUCAACAGGUAGAAGCACAAUUUAAUAUAAAACAACACAUUUUCUGUGUGAAACUAACUUUGAAUACAUGCUUAUUAUAAAUAAACACACUUCUCUGA